GGCCGGGCAGCCCGGAGGAAAGGGUCCUUGUCACCUCAGAGGAGGGAGGUGCGCGGUGGCCGCUCGGUUCAUGUUUUUAGCCCGCUUCUUGGUAAAGAUGGCAGCUAACAACGCAGUGCUGAACAGACUGGAGCAGAAGGGUGCAGAGGCUGAUCAAGUUAUUGAAUACCUCAAGCAACAAGUUGCUCUGCUCAAGGAGAAAGCAAUGUCAACUCCAGUCUUACAGGCAUCUCUCCGAGAAGAGAAGAAACUCCGUGUGGAAAAUGCUAAACUGAAGAAAGAAAUUGAAGAACUGAAACAGGAGCUGAUUCAGGCAGAAAUUCGAAAUGGAGUUAAACAGAUCUCGGUUCCUUCUGGUACAGUGGUUUGUACAGCUUCAGAUGAUGUUCCACAACCUACAGCCAUUGCAUCAGCUCCUGGUUCCAAAGAUCAAAUUAAAGGUGAAAAUGAAGAAAAGAAAAAGAAGGAAAAAGUAGAAAAAAAAGGUGAAAAGAAGGAGAAGAAACAACAGCCAGCUGGUGGAAGUAGUGAUGCCAGACCUGUAGAUGUUUCUUGUCUGGAUCUUCGUGUUGGCUGCAUUAUUACUGCCAAAAAACAUCCAGAUGCAGACACGCUGUAUGUUGAAGAAGUGGAUGUUGGUGAAGCAAGCCCAAGAACUGUUGUCAGCGGUUUAGUGAAACAUGUUCCUCUGGAUCAGAUGCAGAAUCGAAUGGCAAUACUACUCUGUAACUUGAAGCCUGCAAAGAUGAGAGGAGUAGUAUCCCAAGCAAUGGUGAUGUGUGCCAGCUCCCCAGACAAAGUGGAAAUUCUUGCUCCCCCUCCUGGGGCAGUACCUGGAGACAGAAUCACUUUUGAAGGAUUUUCUGGAGAUCCUGAGAAGGAACUUAAUCCCAAGAAGAAGAUUUGGGAGCAAAUCCAACCUGAUCUUCAUACCAAUGACCAAUGUGUUGCUACGUACAAAGGAGUUCCAUUUGAAGUGAAAGGGAAAGGAGUCUGCAGGGCAGAGACCAUGGCAAACAGUGGAAUUAAAUAAAUUAAUGGUUAUUAGAAGCUUCUUCAGAUGUUGAAAUGGAAAGUAAUGCAAGCGCAAUAAAACCAUGAAUGUAUCACACCUCUGAAA